CAAGAAUUCCCCAAAAAACUUGCAGACUUUCAAAACAAAGUGAAAAUCCUCGUCGCAUUAGAAAAAAAGACUUUUUUCUUUAAUUUGUAUCAAAGAAAUAAAAAGAAAAUUGCAAGCGCUGCAGUGUACAGGAUUAUAUAUUUUAAGUUUUAAGCAAACUAAAUGCUCUUUUGAUUGUAAAUUUAUAUUAAAUUGACUAAAAUUCAUCAUGAGCAAACAUACAUAUUCGACGGCGAACCUCACUGAUGUCCAACUCAAAGAGCAGGGCAAUCAAAUGUUCUCGGCUCGCAAAUUCGAUGAUGCUAUUAAUUGUUACAGCAAAGCAAUCAUUAAAAAUUCAACAAAUGCCACAUACUUCACGAAUCGAGCGCUCUGCCAUCUGAAGCUAAAACGCUGGGAUCAAUCAUGUCAAGACUGUCGUCGAGCAUUGGACAUCGAUCCGAGUCUGGUGAAGGCACAUUUCUUUCUUGGGCAGUGUCUAAUGGAGCUGGAAUUAUACGACGAAGCAAUAAAACAUUUGCAACGGGCUUAUGACCUGGCCAAAGAACAAAAACAAAACUUUGGUGAUGAUAUUACAUCGCAAUUGCGAUUGGCGAGAAAGAAGCGUUGGAACGUUAUGGAGGAGAAACGUAUAUGUCAAGAAAUUGAAUUGCAAUCAUAUCUUAAUAGACUAAUAAAAGAAGACAUGGAAAAUAGAUUGGCAAAACUAAAAUUGGUCGAUGAUGUUAACGAGGAUCAUUUGAAAGAAAAACAACAAGAAAUCGAACAAGAAUGCGAUGAUCACAUAACUGAGCUGAAUAACAUAUUUGCAAAAAUAGAUGAUCGAAGAAGGAAACGUGAUGUGCCAGAUUUUCUUUGUGGUAAAAUAAGUUUUGAAAUUUUAACGGAUCCCGUGAUAACUCCGUCUGGCAUAACAUACGAACGUAAAGAUAUAGAAGAACAUCUACAACGAGUGGGACAUUUUGACCCAGUAACACGAGUCAAGUUAACUCAAGAUCAACUGAUUCCGAAUUUCUCUAUGAAAGAAGUUGUCGAUGUGUUUCUUGCCGAAAACGAAUGGGCUCUAGAUUUUUAGAAUUUUAGUAUUAUCUGCGUCGCUAAGAUAGAAUAUUUCAUCCACGUAUAAGAAAAACAAACAAAACAAAAAUAUCACACAUUCUCCUAAACAUUGUAUUCGUUCGUAUACCCACCAUUGCCACUACUAAUUUUCAACAAAACAACAACCAUAACAAAAAUGCAUUAAAUGCCUUUAUUGUUUGAACUUUUAAAAAUAUAUACAUACAUAUAUAAAUAAAAAAAGGAAUGUUUGUAAAAUUGUUUUAUCUUAUUCCGUAAAAAAUACUUUUCUUGCAAUUUAAUUUGUGUCCCGAAUUUAGAUUGCGAAAAGCAAGCGUCGUGUUGUUAAGAAUGUAUUAAGUUGUCUUUUUUUAAUUUUAAAAAUUUUUUCCAUGAACUGUAAAUAUUAUUUUGAAAUUUAGUUUAUUUGAACAAAACAUAUUUUCCUAGUUAUAAAUAAAUAAAAAAUGCAAGUUAUAAUUCUUUUAUGAAAUAAAUGAUUAUUAUUUUAUUGAAUAUUAAUUAUACUUUAAAUUUUAUUAUAAUCAAAUGUAAAACUAAAGCGAAUGUUAUCUUGAGACAAUUUUUUUCAUAACCCUGAAACAUUAUAUCAAAUAUACAGUUCUUUGGGAAAAAAAUAUGUAAAACCUACAUCGAGAUGAUUUUAACAAAAAAAAAAUGCUUUCCAAAUAAAAUAAUGUUUUUAUUUCCAUGUUA